AUCGAUGCUGACCGUGUUCAAUCUCGGUUUUGCGGCCCGUUUUUCUUCGCGUGUUUCCUCUCUCGUGCGCGGUUGCUGCUCUGUGUGCCUGUUCCUUUCCCGCGAGGGUCAUUUUUUCGCGACCUGCCCUAAAAUCUGGAUUUGUGGGGACGUCGUCAAUUGACGACGGUGCCGGACCGUGAGCUCAAAAGAAAGGGAGCUCGUUUGUGGGGGCGUACGGUUGGGUUUGGUUGGGUUGGGCAAGAUAGUCAUCCUUUGAGCUACCCGAAACAGCCAGCGUGCUGAGCAUUGGAUUUCGUGAGCCCUAUUUUCGGGGGUGUAUGAUGUCAAGGGGCGAGUGUGUUCUAUGGUUGACUACAGCUGUAAGGCGACAGCAGUAGCAGCAGCAAUGAAAAGAUCCCUGUGCCAUGGUUGAGCGCUGUUUGCUUCUGUAGUGAAUUAUGUCAAAUUAUUGUCGUUACUGAGAGUGAGCAAAGAUAUGGGCCCAGUUUGGUGGAGGGGCAGGGCGAACGUCGUGGAAUUGCAAUGGAUCUAAUGAGGAUUACUACUGGUCGGGUUGGAAUUCAGUCGCAAGGAUACGGAUAGCAAUCGAUACGGAUUCUCGCAGUAACACCGACAGUGAUUUUUAGUGCGUUGUUUGCUGCUAGGCGACUCACAGGAUUCACACUGCUCACGAGUAUUGAUUUAUGGAUGUCACCGUGCCAGAAGACCAAGGAUAUACAUAUAAUAGAAGAGGAUAUACGUGCAUAGCAUACAAGCCAACCAACAGAAGAAUUGUGGUGUAUUCGAUUCGGUCAAGUGAAACGAUGUUCCCCAGUGGAUCGACGAGGAGUGCAAGAAAAAAAUCUCAUUCAUUUCGUGAUGCUAAGGAUGAAAGGUUAAAGUGCUAUUGAGCAUGUCAGUCAGUGGGGGAGUUCUUGUAACAAGUCAAACCGGCCUAGAGCUGCCGGAGUGAGUUUAUAAAUGAUAGAUUAAUUGAUGGGGAAGGUGUAAUAAAUUGAUCCAAGGGUAUCCAUUUAACCAUCUUUGAAAAGUUGACAAGCCCAAAAUGUGUACGUUUCUCCUGCCGAAGAUAGAAAGUCCUUGUGUCUACUCACACCAUUCUCGACCACUUAAACCAUGUGCUGAUGGUUCUAGCGGUAGAAAUAUAAAAAUUGUGCUAAAAUAAUGAAAUUGUCACGCUUCGAGGGGAAGUGUUAAUAACAUCAUUGGUGUUCUUGCGAAUAAAGCUAACCCCCUGGUAGAAAAGCUAUAAUAGAGCGAUACGAAAAUUCAUUCCAAGUGUAGAAAUGCUGUCUAUAAUCGAGUAGCGUGAUCUGCAUAACCAUGUUGCUGCUGCUGGUCAUAAUCAUUCCCAUAUUGGGCCCCACCAUCUCCGAGGGGGGUGGAAUUGGUGGGGCAGGAGGAGGAGGAGGCGGGGGAGGAAGUGCUGGUGCUAGUGCUGGAAAUAGUGACGAGAACGAUUCCGUAAAGAAGACGACCUCUCGUGUGGUGCAUAUUAAAUAUGGUGCGGUGUCUGGCACUAUCGAGCAUCUCGAUGGGCGACAUCUGGAUCCGGUGGAGGCGUUCCGUGGAAUACCGUACGCUUCGCCACCGAUAGGAACGCUACGCUUCAUGCCACCGGUUACGGGAGCACUUUGGUCUGGCGUCAAAAAGGCGGAAAGGUUCAGCCCAGUUUGUCCGCAGCAUCUUCCCGAUAUUGCCAAUGAAACGGCGGCCCUAGAGCGGAUGCCACGUGGUAGAUUAGAAUAUUUAAAGCGAUUGCUGCCAUACCUAAGGAAUCAGUCCGAGGAUUGCCUGUACUUGAACAUCUACGUCCCAACACAAGCCGGUUCCCGGGAGAGUUCCGGAGCUCAAAAGUAUCCAGUGAUGGUGUUCGUCCACGGCGAAUCGUACGAGUGGAAUAGUGGAAAUCCAUACGAUGGAUCCGUUCUUGCCAGCUUCGGGCAAAUACUAGUAGUUACAAUUAAUUAUCGGUUAGGAAUAUUAGGGUUUUUAAAUGCCAACAUUGACCGGUUUUCGAAGGCACCGGCCAAUUACGGUCUGAUGGACAUCAUUGCGGCCCUCCAUUGGAUCCAGGAAAACAUCGAAGCCUUCGGGGGAGAUUCCCGGAGUGUGACGUUGGCCGGCCACGGCACUGGUGCUUCCUGUGUUCACUUCCUCAUCGCGUCGGCCGCUGUUCCAGAAGGUCUCCUAUUUCACCGGGCAAUACUGAUGUCGGGAUCUGGUCUCGCUCCCUGGUCUCUGGUGGAGGAACCGGCCAAGUUCGCUGCGUAUGUUUCCCAUCAUGUGAACUGCUCACCUGACCUACCUCACCAGAUGUUGCUCAAGUGUUUGCGGGACAAGCCACUCAACGACAUUCUCUCGACUCCGGUUCGAGCGCCGGAUUUCGGAAAUGCCUUCGGCCCGAGCAUAGACGGAGUGGUCAUAGACACUGGCGAGAUCCAACAGAUGGAUGGAUCCCAUUACAGCGAUUACGGAGUGCCGACAGCGCCAAAACCGUCCGCCCAUCUGCACAACACGCUCAACUCGAUCAACGCGAUUUUUCUGCGUAAAUUAGCUAUUAACAAAUUGUCCAAAUACGACUUGCUUGCCGGAGUGACCCGGGCGGAAGCUUACUUCGUCUUCAACUCUGAGGACGUGCAGUACGGCAUCGAGGGCGACAGGAGGUCGAAAAUCCUGAAGAACUAUGUAAAAAGUACCUAUAGCUAUCAUCUGAAUGAAAUCCUGGCCACAAUCGUGAACGAGUACACGGACUGGGAGCGCCCAGUUCAGCAUCCAAUCAAUAUCCGCGACGAAACAUUGGAAGCUCUCAGUGAUGCCCGGGUAGUUGCCCCGGCCGUUCAAACGGUGGAUCUUCAUUCCGCGGAUCAUCGCAACUCGUUCCUGUACGUGUUCGACUAUCAGACGAAGUUCGGAGAUUUUCCGCAGCGACAAGGAUGUAUCCAUGGUGAGGACCUGCCGUAUCUGUUCGGGGCGCCACUUGUCGGUGGGUUCAACCACUUCACCCGGAACUACACCAAGGCGGAAAUAGCAUUGUCGGAAGCGGUCAUGAUCUACUGGUCCAACUUUAUUCGCACCGGGAACCCCAACGAGCAGCUCGAGAACGACCACGUCCGGGAUAGGACCCGGUUCAAAAACAUCGAAUGGACACCUUACGAAAGUGUGCACAAAAAAUACCUGAAUCUGGAUACGAAACCGAAACUGAAAAACCAUUACCGGGCGCAUCGAUUGUCGUUCUGGUUGAAUCUGGUGCCCGAUUUGCAUAAGCCCGGCGGCGACGACGUUCCGAGUUCACACCACGAACUUCAAGACGACGACGAGGACAACAAUGUUCCGGUGCCAACGGUGAAGCCAUUAAAUCCUCCCCUGCGGAAUGCCCCGAAUGCCAAUUCCAAUUUUUCCUUCUUUACCACGCAAGUGUUUUCGCUGUUGAAUUUUUCCACUUACGGGAUUAACAAUGGCACCAACCGUCAGAAUGUGCAAAAGCCAAUUCCAGUGACAGCCGAAUCUUCCGACGGAUCUGCAUCGGCUGCUGGAAACGACGAGGACGGAGCUGGAUCGCCACAGGAGGAUGGCUUCGCCGCCUACAGCACUGCCCUCAGUGUCACGAUAGCAAUCGGAUGUAGUUUGCUGAUAUUGAACGUGCUGAUUUUCGCCGGUGUUUACUAUCAACGUGACAAAACGAGGUUAAACGAACCGAGAAAUAGUAAGAAGCGUAACGAAAACGGUCAGAUGCCGAAUAAUAUCUGUGGCGAGCUGGAGAGUCUCACCAUUCACACCAAGAGCGAUCCGUCAACGAUUCUGGGCCAUCACCAUGCCUUGCAGCAUCACCAGCUGCCGCCUCCGGAGUUUGCAGAUUUACCCCAGAGAGCGCCUCCGCCUCCGAAGCACAUCAAAUCGGUUCCGGACGGAACGAUACUCUCCCAGCAUGCGCUUCAGCUAAUUGGCAGCAAUUGUGGCACACUGACGAAGAAGAGCUGUGUCAAGUCUAACCUUGCCACAUCCAAUCAAGCCCAGAAUGCGAUGGACGAGCUGCGGGUGUGACGUUAAGUAUCCUUUGCCAUCGAGGACCAGUCUCGAUGUGAACGCCACGAGCAUCAGCACCACCAGCACCAACAACAACCACAACAACAACAGCAACAACAACAGCAACAACAACAGCCGCAGCAUCAGCACCAACACCAUCUGCAUCACCACCAUCAUCAUCACCAUCACCACCACCAAGCUCAUCAGAACCCUCAGCAUCAGCAUCAGCAGCACCAGGAGCAACGUCAGCAGAGGCACCAAGAAUCUCCUCAGCCUGCAUCCUCCGAAAACCCUACAGCUGAAGGUGCUCUGUGAAGGGAGGGGAAGACUUCCAUCCACAUGCUUCCAGAGCAGAAGGGAAUAGAAGACAACAACGGCAGGCAAGUAUCACGCUACACAAAUACUCCUCCAACAACACGGCUCGAAAAGCUUUGCCGGAUAGCAUUAUCAAUUAAUUCAUAAUUGAUGAGCGUACUUAGGUAUAAAUAAAUAAUUAAUGUGUAAAUAAUACAUAAAUAGACGACCUCACUGCACACCAGACAACUAACUGUCCCCCAACUCCCUCUGAGCACACGAAAAAUCACUCGAUUUACCAUCUCGUUGUCCCCUGAGCUCGUACUUUGUUCCAAUCUGCUAGCAAUUUUAUACUCAAAAAAGUAAACGAACAGAACAACAGAUCACGGUGAAUAAUGAAUUGCAAAAAUACCAACAAAAAACAGCACCAGUAUCAGAAGCGAAAGAAGACGAAAGGCGUGUCUUGUGCUCCAAAGGAGCCGGCAAUUCCUUCCGAUGAUUCCCGAAAGGACCCUCCGCAACACUAUCCUUUUACGUUGUCCUACUCCGUUCUAAGUAUUCCAUGCCAGGCUGCCGAAAAUGAACCCGGCCAGAAGAUACGAUAUAAUUCAUCACCCAGACAACCGAUUCGACCGAUGGGCGAACCUUUGGUUCCUUCAGUGUCCCACCCUUCCUCGAUUCCUUCCCCGAACCUCCACCCAACCCCUCUUAUUAGCAACAACGAUGAAGUGGCCAACAAUGGGGCCCACGGUUAAGGACAAAUGAAAAAAUUAAUAAUUAACAACCACCCGCCCGAAGAUGCUCGACCGCUUUUCUUGGACCGCUUCGAUGACUGACCUUCGACUUCGAUGGGUGGCGGUUGGCGGUGUUGAUUCGUAAUCGAUCAUCUGGCUUAUGUGCGGAGAUAAUCCGGCUAGGCUCCGGUGAAAGUUUGACAAGGCUCGCCAAACAGACAACACCGAGAGAUUAAACGCUAAUAUGUUGUUCCCUUGAUGGCAAAACUGAAUCUUUCAUAUGAUGAAUGAUGUGAAGUUGGCAGUAGUUUAAUUGCUCUUUUGAGUUUCCUGAUGAAACUUGGACAAUGGAAACAAUUCACUUAGUAAAAUGAAACUACCUGAAAGAAAAGUUUUGUGAAUAUUUUUUUAAAGUGACACUUACCAAUAUCUUGUAACUAUGUCGAACACU